AUGCUCGUCGAGGGGGAGGGGGGCGACGAGCACUGGCGUGAGACCCGCACGACCAAGUCCGGGUACCGCCUGGUCGGUGGCGAGGGCACGAGCCGACCGCGACACCGCCUCGCGCCCCUCUUCCGCUCUCGACUCGCCCUCUUCGUUCUCGCCUUGACGACCCUCGUCCUCGCGCUCGCCGCACUCGGCACCGCAACCGGCCACACCCACAAGGUCGUCGCGCACGGCGUCGUGACGGCAAAGGAGUACGGCGCGCGUCUCAAGGAGUGGGCCCGGCCUCUCGCGCCACCAGACGACGAGCCGUACGUCGCGCCGUCGCUCGACGAGCUCGCGCAAAUCGUCGGCGAGAACCCGACCUACCUCGUCAAGGACGGCUGGGCCUCGUACGGCUUCAACAAUCAGCGGUACAUGCUCGAGUCGACCCUUCUGCUCGCCAAGAUCGCUCGACGGAUACCCGUCCUGCCCGACUCGAUCUGGGCGAGGUCAUGCGCCGUCGACGACAGCGUCUGCGAGGCCAACGCUCUGCGCUUCUUCCGACACCGCAACGCGCACGCCGACGUGGUCGGCUCGACCUGGAACGACGACGGCCCGGCGUACAAGCUUCCGAUCCAGCUCUUCCUCGACCUUCCCCACCUCCGCCGCACCUACGGCCCGCUCCUCACCUACCGCGAGUUGAUCGAGCUGUACGGCAUCGACCCGAACCUGUACGACGAGUCGCUGCGGUGGAACACGACCAACUACACGCCGCAAGGCUACACGACCGCGACCGUGCCCGACUACCUGUUCCAGAACCGCACCUUCGUCCGUGUCGACCAGCCGCCACCGCCGCCAGUCGUCGCCGCACCCGCCGACGAGAUCCCGGAAGGGCUCAACUCGGCCAUCGUCGAGCUCGCGCUCGGCUCUCGCGCAGUCUGGACGGCGCAGCAGGCGCGAGACGCGCUGCGGAAACGCGGCGUCAAGCUCGACGGCGACGACGACGGCCUCGUGCGCCAGCUCGAGCUUCUCGAUGUCGUGCCCCUGUACACGUUCGGCGACGAGGUCCUCAUGAACAAGGCCCUCGCCCGCCCGUCGGUCGAGCUCGCCCUGCGCAACAAGGUCCAACCCCUCGUCGACACGCUCGCCUCGCCGCCGUUUAACAACGCCUCGAUCGUCUACCUCGCCGGCAACCUCCACGACCAGCGCAAGCCCGGCGGCCUGUACUUUACCUCGCCCGCCGCCCGCCAGGCGUACGUCGACCUCGUCGUGCGCGGCGUGCGCCCACCUGCGGGCGUUCGAGCCCUCGGCGAGCGCCUCGCUGAGCGCAUGGGCGAGCGCGUCGAGGGGAGGAGGUGGCUCGCUGCGCACCUGCGGCGCAGCGACUUUGUCGGCAUCAAGUGGAGCCCGGCGCAGGACGCCGAGGCGCACUUUGACAAGACGAGGGCAGCGCUGCGCGAGGGCGUCGAGGCGCUCGAGGCGCACUUUGACGAGCGGCUGCCGAGGGGGGACGAUCCCUUCUACCUCGCGACCGACGAGCGCAACGCGACGGCCCUCGCCUACUACCGCUCGCACGGCGCCGUCCUCCUCUCGGACCUCGUCACGCCCGCCGACUCGUCGCAGCUCGGUCCGUCGGCGAGCUACAUGGACGUGCUCGCCGUCGUCGAGCAGCAGGUGCUCGCGCGCAGCGACUACUUUCUCGGGAGCGAGUUGAGCUCGACGAGCGGCGGGGCGGUCAACGUCAGGACGGCGCUCGGCAAGGAGGACUGGAGCUGGGCGCUGUUGACGAGGCAGUGAGAGCGGCGGCGCGCCAGAGCUCUCUUGUACCUCUCUCUCUCUCUCUCGUCACUGUCAAUAGAUGCUGUUGCAAAGACUCGUUGCGGAU